GCUUCGGUCCGGACUUUGACAGACCUGCGCGCAUCCGACGGGUCAACCUUGUGGCGCUUUGCGCGCGCAGGUGUCGUCCGGGUAUUUUAAUUCAGGGGGCGGAGUUUUCCUGACGUGGAAACAUCCGGAUUCCUCGAAGUUGUGCGCGCGCACUGAGUUGUGUUGGAGCUCGUUCGGGUCGGCGCGCUUCGUGGUACACCGCGAGUGAUCGACCGCUCCUCCCCCCUGUCCGGAAGUGUGACGCUGCUCCGGUAUUCACCUGUAAGUCGGGUAAUGACGUCAUAAACCAGGAAAGAGUGUCCGUCCGCGAGCUGUUGGUAGCGUCGCGAGCCGGUGGUGGGCAUGGCCGCGUGCGCGGAGCAGCUGGCAGACAUAGAACUUCAGAGGGAGGAGGAGGAGCAGAGGAAGGUUCCCAUCACUGCGGAUGACCCGUCCAACCCGUUCUACGAUGUGGCUCGGCACGGCAUCAUCCAGGUGUCAGGAGACGACCUUUUCGGCAGGAAACAGAUCGUCUUCAGCAGCUGCCGACUCCCUCCGUCCCACCAGCUGGACCACCGCCGCCUGCUCCAGUUCCUGAAGUUCACGUUGGACCAGUACGUGGAGAUGGACUACAUCCUGGUCUACUUCCACUGCGGCCUGAGGAGCAGCAACAAGCCGUCAGUCAAAUGGCUGAGGGAGGCGUACGGCGAGUUUGACAGGAAGUACAAGAAGAACCUGAAGGCUUUGUACGUGGUCCAUCCCACCAACUUUAUCCGGAUUGUGUGGAAUAUCUUCAAACCUCUGAUCAGCCGCAAGUUUGGGAAGAAGCUAAAGUACGUGAAUUACCUGGACGAGCUGCGAGAACACCUGAACUACGAGCAGCUCUUCAUUCCCGCAGACGUUCUCAGACACGAUGAGAAGCUGCGAGCGGCUCAGAGCGACGCCCCGCCCCCUGCAGCACGGACGCCCCCGCCUCGCCCCCCCCUGCCCACGCAGCAGUUUGGAGUCACCCUGCAUUACAUCAGGGAGCGGAGCGGCGGCGCCCUCAUCCCCCCGGUCAUGGCGCAGACCAUCGACUACCUGAAGCUGAAAGGUCUGAGGACUGAAGGCAUCUUCAGACGUUCGGUUCAGGUCCAGAUCAUCAAGGACGUCCAAAAACUCUACAACCAGGGGAAACCUGUGGACUUUGACGUCUACCAGAACGUCCACGUUCCCGCCGUCAUCCUCAAGUCCUUCCUCAGAGAGCUGCCAGAACCGCUGCUGACCUUCAGAGUCUACAAUCAGGUCCAGGAGAUCCUGGGUGUGGAAAGCAGCCUCAGAGUGUCCCGGUGCAAACAGGUGGUGGAGGGUCUGCCUGAGCACAACUUCACCGUUCUGAAGUUCCUGCUGGGUUUCCUGCACACGGUGACCCAGGAGAUUAUCUUCAACAAGAUGAGCGCCUCCAACCUGGCGUGCGUGUUCGGCGUGAACCUGGUGUGGCCGCGGCACGGCUCCAUCUCUCUGAGCGCGCUCACACCCAUCAACAUCUUUACGGAGAUCCUGAUCGAGCACUUCCCGGCCGUGUUCGGGUCCGAAGACGGCCGGGAAGUGCUCCGAACACGGCCCGGAUGAAACCAGGAGGUCCCACCCCCAAAGAAACGUCUCCUGUGCAGAAGCAGCUUUCAGUUUGCAUGAAAUGUUUUGGUAAUAAAGUUUGAAAAGCUAUGAA